CUCCCAUUAUAUCCCAUUAUCGACCAUCACCUGUACCAAUGGCAGCCCCAGUUCCAACCGGCACCUAUACCAUCCAGGACGUAAACGGCAAUUUUGCUACUGCGCCUCUCAUACUUGGACAACCUAUCCAAUUCAAUGCCCCAACCGGCGCCCAGAAUCAAAAUUGGCUCAUUGCGACUAUAGUUGGGGUCUCCACGAUAAGAAGCGCCGCCCUUGCAGCCUUUGCCUGGGUUGCGGAGCCGUCUGUGAUCGACGCGAAUGUCAGCGUGAAUCAAGGAGAACGUCGCUGGGUUACCGCUGUGGAUGGUAACCAAGGCACCAUUCGGACGGUCAAUGAUCCGCAAUUGUUCUGGGCGCGCAAUGCCAAUUUCUCGGCGCACCUGCUGCUGCAGCUCAAUUCAUUUUCACCCAAGUCGUCUGAAUUAAAUGAAAUCAAAUUACUCGAGCACCACUCGAGUGUGCCGACUGUUUGGAUUGUGAAUCGAGAAGUUUGUAUGGACAACAUUGUGUUUCAUAAAGUUCCGAGUCGAAUGAACGUUGAAUGUACCAAC